AUGUCGGUGUUGUGGACUGUAAAGGUGGUUGGCCUGGGGGCAGCGGCCCUCACUCUCAGUCUGGAGCUGCUGGGUCGGCUCUUUGGUCGCCUAAAGCAAAGAAGAACCCUAAAUGAGGUCCUCUUCUUCCCGUCAGACAUGGCCUGUGUGGAGCACAUCUUCACUCCCACCACCACUCACUCCUGUUUCUGCCCCUUGCCUCAUGGUGUGGAGACUUCUUUCUCCCGUCUUCUCCGCCACAUCUUGUCUGCUUCCUCUUCUCUGGACUUGUGUAUUUUUUCCUUUUCCAACAUGGAUCUGUGUCGGGCUGUACUGCUGCUGCAUAGCAAGGGCGUAACUGUCCGAGUCGUGUCUGACAAGAACUACUCUGCCAUAACUGGCUCCCAGAUCGGUGUCCUCCGCAAGGCUGGGAUCUGUGUGCGCUGUGACGUGGUCUCUGUGUGCAUGCAUCACAAGUUUGCUGUGGUGGACAGCCGGCUGCUCAUCACCGGCUCCCUCAACUGGACGCUGACGGCAGUGCAGAGCAACGCGGAGAACGUCCUCCUUACCGAGGAGCCCGACCUGGUGCAGCCCUUCAUCAAGGAGUUCCACCGGUUAUGGGUGCUCAACGAUCCGACCCAGUACUACCAGAACCAGUGACUGACUGCUCCACGCUUUCAUCACCUGGGAUUUCCUAACAGGCUGAUCUAGUUGGAACAUGAUGAACUUGUGUGUUCAUUACUCUCUGCCUUUUCACAGUCAGGCUGAUGUGUUCAAAUAAAGCACAAUUAUUUCGUCUCA